GCAACGAUGAGAUUGAAAAUCAGCUCAAGCGUGACCGUCUUCAAGCGAAGAAUGAAAUUAAAAUGCUCUUGCUGGGAGCCGGUGAAUCUGGAAAGUCCACCGUCUUGAAGCAGAUGAAGCUCAUUCAUCACGGCGGUUACAAUGACCAAGAACGAGAGUCGUACAAGGAAAUCAUCUUUUCCAACACGGUCCAGUCCAUGAGGGCCAUUCUCGAGGCUCUUCCUACCCUCGAAAUCGGCAUCAACCCUCAGAAUGAGGCCAGACGUGCCACCGUUAUGGCGCUCCCCGUCCAACUCGAGACGGAUGCCCUCCCCCGCGAAGUGGCUGAUGCCAUCCGCGGUCUGUGGAUGGACCCUGGAGUCCAAGAAGCUGUUAGGAGGGCCCGCGAGUUCCAACUUAACGACUCGGCGACCUACUACUUCAACUCUAUUGAACGCAUGUCCAUGCCUGGUUACAUUCCCACCGACCAGGAUAUUCUGAGGUCUCGUGUCAAGACCACUGGUAUCACCGAGACCAUGUUCAAGGUCGGAGAAUUGACAUAUCGUCUGUUUGACGUCGGAGGUCAAAGGAGUGAACGUAAAAAGUGGAUUCACUGCUUUGAGAACGUGACUGCCCUCGUGUUCUUGGUCGCCCUCUCCGAGUAUGACCAAAUGUUGUACGAGGACGAGUCUGUGAACCGAAUGCAAGAGGCUCUUACGCUUUUCGACUCGAUCUGCAACUCUCGCUGGUUCGUCAAGACCUCGAUCAUCUUGUUCUUGAACAAGAUUGAUUUGUUCCAAGAAAAACUACAAUAUUCGCCACUAAAGGACUACUUCCCCGAUUUCACUGGAGGUGCUAAUUAUGAUGCGGCUUGCGAUUACCUUCUUCACCGAUUUGUUUCGCUCAAUCAGUCGGCUGCUACCAAGCAGAUUUACGCACACUAUACCUGUGCCACUGACACCCAACAAAUCAAGU